UCUUGUUUGUAUUUCCUUUUGCCUUUGCAUGUUUAUGUGGCAGACAUGGAGGUGGAGUUAAUGAUGAGUUAUAGAAACAGAAACAGUUUAACAGCGAAAAUGGAAGAAAACGCAGUCCAAGAAGCAGCUUCAGGGCUCGAAAGUGUUGAGAAACUCAUCAGUUUACUUUCCCAAACUCAACAACAAAACAAUGGCAGCGAUUUAUCAAUGGACUGCAAAGCUGUUGCAGACGUUGCCGUUUCCAAGUUCAAGAGAGUUAUAUCGCUUCUGGGUCGAAUCAGGACCGGACACGCCCGUUUCAGAAGAGCACCGGCAAAUCCAGAGCCAGAAACCAAGGCGGUUUAUAACGCAACGCCGUUACAGCAGAUUCCCCCACCUCAUCAUCCUCCGCAUCGUGAUCAUGAUUUUUUAACGGUGAAAAGUGGGGGUUUAGAGAGGAAAGAUUCAUCAACGACCAUCGAUUUUUCAUACUCUUCUGCUGGGAAUUCCUUCAUGUCGUCCUUGAUGGGAUAUACUGAUAGUAAACAACCAUCUUCAUCAUCCGCGUUUCAAAUCACCAAUCUUUCUCAGGUUUCCUCAGCUGGGAAGCCUCUUUUGUGUUCUUCUUUGAAGAGGAAGUGUAGCUCUGAGAACAUGGGUUCGGGCAAGUGCAGUGGCUCUUCUGGUCGUUGCCAUUGCUCUAAGAAAAGAAAGAUGAGAUCAAAGAGGGUUGUAAGGGUUCCAGCAAUAAGCUUGAAAUUGGCUGAUAUUCCACCAGAUGAUUACUCAUGGAGGAAAUACGGUCAAAAACCAAUCAAGGGGUCUCCGCAUCCUAGGGCUUACUAUAAGUGCAGCAGUGUAAGAGGAUGUCCAGCUCGCAAACAUGUGGAAAGAGCCUUAGAUGAUCCAUCGAUGCUAAUAGUUACCUACGAAGGCGACCAUAACCAUUCCCUAGCUGUUGCAGAAACCACCAAUCUCAUCCUGGAGUCCAGUUAAGAUCGAAACAACACUGGCCCUUCGUCCAGAAAAAUCCCAGAAAUCAU